AUGUUCAAGUCUCUCAACCGCAAGCAACGGUUGUCGCUUACGAUAGCAAUAUCAUUCACUUUUUUCGCCGCCGAGAUUUCUGCUGGCUUUUACACCAGAUCAUUGGCACUUGUGGCCGAUGCCUUCCACUAUAUGAACGACCUGAUUGGCUUUAUUGUUGCCCUCGCUGCUGUCCAAGCCACCGAGCGCGGCAGCUCCCCGCAAGGCUUCUCGUUCGGCUGGGCGCGAGCGCAGCUACUGGGGGGUUUCUUCAACGGCGUCUUCUUGCUGGCGCUUGGCGUGAGCAUCUUCCUCCAAUCAAUUGAGCGCUUCAUAGCACUUGAGCGAAUCAACAACCCCUUGGUCGUUCUGAUAGUUGGCUGCGUCGGCCUGACUCUCAACAUCAUCACUGCGGCCUUCCUCCACGAGCACGACCAUGACCACGGACACGGCGGGCACCCCCACAGCCACGAAGAUGCCGAAGAGCAGGCCAACAGCACCGAACUACCCAACCUGGACCACGCCGAGCACAUCCACCGCACAACGCAGCUCAAACCGCCCGGCUACGACCUCGGCAUGAUGGGCGUCAUCGUGCACGUCCUGGGCGACGCGUGCAACAACGUGGCCGUCAUCGUCGCCGCGCUGAUAAUCUGGCUCGUCAAGGCCGACGCGCGCUUCUACGCCGACCCGGCCCUCAGCACCGUCAUCGCCAUCAUGAUCCUCGCGUCUUCCAUACCGCUGACCCACCGCACCGCCCUCAUCCUCCUCGAAUCCGCGCCCCCAGGCGUCCGCCUCGCCGACGUCCAGCACGACCUCGAGCUCAUCCCGGCCGUGCACUCCGUCCACGAGCUGCACAUCUGGCGCCUCGACCAGCGCAAGGCCAUCGCCUCCGCCCACGUCGUCCUCGAAAAUGUCGACGCUGACGCUCGCGACGGCGACGGCGACAGAGACGGCACGGCGUCCCUCGCCGCGUUCAUGCGCAUGGCGCAGACGGUGGCGGAGUGUCUGCAUGCGUAUGGGAUUCAUUCGGCGACGCUGCAGCCGGAGUUGAUGGUUGGGGAGGGGGAGGGGGAGAGGGGCGGGUGUGGCGGAGGGCUGGAUGGGGGUGUGGAGGUUGAUGGCGCGGCGGCCGGCGGGGAUCAUCAAGCGCUCUUGUUCACGACAUACGCCAUGGCCUCUUCGCUCGAAUAUGACGACAGUAUCUACCUGGGGGUCUGGACAAACUGGGAACACGGAAAGACAUUGGGCGUCACGUUGACCGUGACGCGAGCUCAUGGAAACUUACUCAUUGCAUUCCUCUCCCUCUUCGUAACCAUCGCUGGCACGAGCUUUUGGAGAAUCAGUUGCUUUGCCAUGCACUACAUGUACUCGGCAAAAACCCCGCAGGACGGCCUAUACCAUCAACGGCAAGCAAUCUUGCGGAAUGCGGCAAACGGCGCUACUGGCCUCUGGAGCUUCUUCCAAGUCUUGUACGCGUGGCGCAGGACUGCCAACAAACCCUGUCGCCGCAUUUUGCCGCUGAUUGCAUUCACGUCCAUGGCUCUUGUAGCCUUCGCCCUGGCCAGUAUCUACUCGUCGCGCAUCUCAACUACAACCGGAAACCAGGUAAUGCUCUCCGGCGGUGGCUGCGGCAAAGUUGACAUUUGGGAUUCGCCUUCGACUGACCUCUAUCGCGCGUAUUUACCGUACAUGUUCCAGGCCAUUUCCACCAGUGCAGGUUACGCGCAGGAGUGCUACCUAAACGACCUUGCCGGAGUCGGAUGCGAGAGAUUCAUGAAGAGAAACAUAGCCGCGACGGUGGAUCGGAAUGCGACUUGUCCAUUCAGCCCGGACAUCUGCAAGAGCCAAGACUCCAACCUUCUCAUUGAUACCGGAUUCAUCGACAGCCGAAGCGAUUUGGGCAUCAACACAGACCAGAACGGACGGUUCCUCUACAGACGCACGCUGCACUGCGCCCCCUUGGUCACAGAGGGUUAUGCUGUCAAGAGGCCUCAAAUGAACGCAACGGGCGCUGAGGAAGAUGUCAUGCAGUACUUCUACGGAGAAGUGUAUGCACGAUAUGGCACCCCUGCCAACCAUACGUACCAAUACCCCAUUCGCCCCCGGCCGGUCAAUUCCGAGGACGCCAUCCUGGACUUCACAGUGUGGAUCGUCUACGCCGCCUCCAUAAACGGAAGCUGGGGCCCCAAUCCGACGUACAAGCCAAUCCCCGCACUGGACAGAAAAGACUCGACCGUCACCCUCAUCUUCCUUUCGACCAACCAAGUCGACUUCAUGAGCAACUCGGGCGACGUCUGGUACUCAACCAACACCCUCAUCUCCAACCAAUCCAAAACCUUCGACCCCAUGUACGCCGGCGACCAGCCCGCCUCCCCCCUCGCCUGCGUCUCGCAACACCAACUCUGCAACCCCAACCUGGCGCCGCCCCCCGGCGGGCGGCCCGGCCCAGCGCCCACGGCGGCCACCUGCACGCCCCCCUUUUCCUCCUGGCCGGACAGCCUCCGCCACGUCGCCCACCUCUGGCCCUCGCCCUCCCACCGCGCCGCGAUGACCUGGUCCUACGAGCACGCGCUGCGGCUCGAAAACGACAUCGUCGGCGUCCUCGGCAAGCUGUCCGCCGCGGCGCUGGACUCGAGCGCCACGCGCGCGCUCGGCGUGCAGAGCCCCAUCGCCCGCAACCAGUGGCAGCGCGACGUCGAGCGCUUCCACAACGUCUCCAUGGCCGGCGUGCAGCGGCUGUUCGUCGAGGCCGCCACCGGCCCGCUCGAUCCCGCCGUGCGCGCCUUUUCGGUGCGUCCGCCGGGUGGGACUGGGAGCGGGAGCGCCGGCGCCGGCGCGCUUUGCGGAUCUCAGAUGAUCCGGAGCAGCGCGCACGCCAACUUCUCGGUGCUCGGUCUCGCGCUCGUGUUUGGUGUGGGAGGCGCUCUCAUUGUGGCUUCGUACGUGCUGGAGCCGGCCGUGCUUUGGAUCCAGGUGCGGUGCAAGCUGGACGCGUAUGCGCGCUUCGAGUGGACGAUGAACGAGACGCUGCAGCUGCAGCGCCAGGCGCAUGAGGGGCUGGAGAUUGGCUCGUGGAGUGGGUGCGACAAGGGGAUUCCGGUUGCGGGGAGCAGGGAUCGGCUGGCGGUGAUUGAUUUGGAGGACCUGGCGCACCCGAGGCUGAAGGCCCCGCCGCCGCGCCCGCUGGUGGGGGAGUUGCUUCCUGGUGCGGUGGACGAGACUGGGGGACGAGUGAUGGGCGUGGAGACUGAUGGUCGGUGGGAACAUGCAAGAGAGACGGCGGAGCCAGGCUUGGUCUGA